AUGGCUGAUAUGAACACUGGCACUUUCAAACAUGACAUUACAGAACCUCCCAAAUCUAAUCUAGUUUUGCCGCUAUUCUCCCUUAAAGGAAAGACAGCUAUCGUCUCUGGCGCUGGCGCUGGAAUCGGUCUCUCAAUAGCUCAUGCGUUUGCGGGAGCCGAUGUUGCGAUAUGGUACAACUCCAACAAGAAGGCCUUAGAGGAGGCCGCCAAUGUCGAGAAGACUUAUGGGGUUAAGUGCAAGGCCUACCAGGUCAACGUAUCGACAUGGGAAACGGUCCGGGCCGCCGUUGACGAAAUCGUCGACGAGUUUAACGGUAGACUUGAUAUCUUUGUCGCGAACUCGGGUAUUGCGUGGGAGGACGGUCCCUUCAUCGAUGGCCCGCUCGAGACGAUGCAGAAAGUGUUGAAGGUAAAUAUUGACGGCACCUUGUUUUGCGCACGAGCUGCCGCGCUGCACUGGAGGCGGCAAAAGAAAGAGGGCACUACUGUCGACGGACAGCCGCUCGAAAACUUCAGCUAUGGCAGUUUCAUCAGCACCGCUAGCAUGAGCGGUCACAUCGUCAAUAUUCCUCAGCAGCAGACCGUAUACAACGCGUCUAAAGCCGCGAUCACUCAUGCCUGCAAGUCAUUGGCGGUUGAGUGGGUUGGCUUUGCGCGUGCCAACUCAGUCUCCCCGGGUUACAUCAAGACGGAUCUUUCUGCCUUCAUCCCCCCUGAGACUAAGAAAGUCUUCAAGGACAAGAUCCCGAUGGGACGGGAGGGCGAGCCUGAAGAAUUGAAGGGCACUUAUCUAUACCUGGCUUCUGACGCCUCGUCGUAUACGACUGGUAUUGACAUCAUUGUUGACGGUGGCUACUGCGCACCGUAA